AAUGUAAGGAAAUCAAGGUUCUUAGAAAAAAGAUAUUGAAAUUGGUUCCUGUCCUUUUUCUGAUGCAAUGAAACCACCAAAAGGCCAUGAAAAAUAUACAGACAAAUCAAAGUGUCCAUUCUAAGAAAUGUAGUAAUAACCUGAAAUCAAAAUAACUGAUGGAAGUGCAGAGAAGAAGAAAGAAAAGAAAGAAAAACAACCUAAAGGUGGAUGUCCUUUUAUGUCAAGUGAAAAAAAAAGAAAUCCGCCUCUUGCUCAUCUUGAAGAAUAAUAUGACACUUAUUACAUAAGUCCACUUAAUUAUCUUCUAGAUACAAGAGGAUUAUGGAUGCUUGCUUUCGAUUCUAAAGAAGUAAAAAAAGGUAAGAGUUCAUAACAAUUGUCCAUAUAGGUCCAAUCAAAGACAGAAGAAAAAUAUUCGAUUCUUAUCCUAUUUAUUUAAAAAGUACUUUAUUUCAUGAUGAUGAAAAUACAAAAAAGUUGAGAUAAUGCGAAGUUGCUUAAAGAUUUUUUGUUUAUGAUAAAUUUAGAGAAAAGGGUAAUUAAUAUAUUAAAUACAAAAGGAAACAAAUUAUUAUAAAAAUAAGAGUAUGAAGAAGCAAUUCGAUAUUAUGAAAGAGCACUUGGUUGUUUUAGAUAUUUGGAAGUAGUUGAACCACCUGAAGAAGACAGUGAAGAUGAACAAACUAUAUAAGACACAACAAAUUUGACUGAUAAAGAAAAAAAAGAGUUUGAAGAUAUGAAAAAAUCUGCUAAAUAGUAUAGGAAAGAACAAAAAGAAUUUAAAAAAUAAUAUAAAUCAUUGAUGACAAUAUAUACAGAUGAAAAUGUUAAAUAUAGAGGGGUUGAACAGAUUGAAGUAUUAAGUCUAUUCAUAAAUUAAGGAUGAAGCUGAUAAAGAGAUGUGUAAUUCUAUUAUGUAUGGUCUAUAUUUGAAUAUGUCAGUCUGUUACAUGAAAAUGUCUCACUUUGAUUUAGCUAAGAAAAUCUUAGAUGAUGCUGGUCAAAUACAAAAAGAGAAUUCUUAAUAUCUAUUUAGGUAUUCUCAAGCCAUACUCUAUGAUAAAUGGUCAACUUAUAAAGACUUGAUUAAAGCUAAGGAAUUAAUUGAAAAAGCUAUAAAUUUAUCUAAUGUUGAAAAUAUCUUCAAAUAAGGUCCAGGAAUACUUAAAUUAAUGGGCUUGGAAAAUGCCAAAGAAAUUUAUGUUGAACAUGCUCAUAAAGUUAUGGAAGCAUUAAAAAAGAAGAGAUAAUGGAUUAUUGAUUAAAUUGAGCCUGUAUUUUAAAGAGCAAAAGAAAUUGAUGAAAUUGAAUAAGAAAUGAUUGAAGAUGGUAAAGUUCCAUAUGAAGAAGGAGUAACAGAUGUUAUUGAUUAAGAAGAUAUGAUUCAAUAAUAAAGUGAAACAUAAAAAUAAUUCUUAUAUCGAUUAUGCAUGCCUUAAUUAACUUAAGAACAUUAGGAAUACGAAAUUGUUAAAGAAAUGGUGAACAAAUAUUAUAGAAUUAUUGAAUUCUAUGCAGUAUAAAUUUCAAUUAAUUAUUAUAGGAAUAAAAGAAAUAUGAUUAAGUAAAGAUAGCAAAAUCUGAACUUUAAAGAUUAUUAGAGACUGUUCAAACAAUGUCAUUUUUUAUGAAUUAAGAUUUCAUUAAUUAUGAUAAUGAUGAAUAACUCUAAGAAUUAACUUAAAAAUAUUAAAUCAAUUUUUCUGAUAAGAAAUAUAUUAGAAGAUUUAUUCGAAUUUGUAGAGAAUAAGUUACAGAACUUUUCGGAUAAGGCAAAUUCAACUUUGAAGUAUUAUUAUAUAUAUAUCUAAAAUAAGGUUUUUGAAUAUGCAAUGAAUGAUUACUUUAAAAAGAAGAAAGAACAAGAGGAAAGAAAUAGAGAAGAAUAUUUAAAAUAAAAUCCUGAACCUGUUAAACCAAAAUAGCAAUCUUCUUUUUUAAAGAAAACUCUGUUCUCAUCAGAAUUUUGGAUGCAAGUAAAUAUAAUUUUUAUUUAGAUGUUUGUUUUGUUAUUAGUUAUGGCAGGAAUGUACUACUUUAAUAGUAAUUCAGGAUUUAUUGGUAAACUAUUUUCCCUUAAAAAAUGAU